AUGACUUCAAACACCAGCUCCCUUUUCGGAGGGGCUUCAACCACCCCCCAGUCAACUAGUCUGUUUGGCGGAAACAAUUCGACCGCAACCCCCCUCGGAUCCCAGCCUAAGUUGACACUCGGCGGUCUCUCUGGAGCAGGUACACAAGGCUCGCAAGGAUCAGGUCUAUUCGGCGGCCAACAGGCCCAAGCCCAGCAGCAGCAACCCGCGCCAAGUGGAGGUCUUUUCGGUGGCCAGCAGGCUCCGGCGCCCGCCGCGCCAACGGGGGGUCUAUUUGGAGGCCAGCAGGCCCAAGCCCAGCAGCAACCCGCGCCAAGUGGAGGUCUUUUCGGAGGUCAGCAGGCUCCAGCGCCCGCCGCAUCAACGGGAGGUCUAUUUGGAGGACAACAGGCCCAAGCCCAGCAGCAGCAACCCGCGCCUUCUGGGGGAUUAUUCGGAGGACAACAGGUACAGGCCCAAGCCCAGCAGAACGCACAGAACUCAAGCUUGUUUGGGGGCCAAUCGCAGGCGCAGCAACAGCCACCGAUCCUAGGGCAGACUCAAGGCCAAAACCCAAGUCAAUCAACACAACCUGCAUUCUUCAACAGCCUCUUGGAGCGUGGCAAAAAAAGGCCCUUGACAUCGGUCAAUCAAAACACCAGCUUUGAAGAAGUGCCCAGUCUUCAAUUAGGUUUGGAUGAUAUUCGGAGAAAGGCCAGGGAAUUGGGUUCAGGUGGACAGAAAGACACCCCCAAUGGCAAGAGUACCAAGGCGUUUGCCGUGGCUAAUCGCGAUACUAUCAACAGCCAUUAUCUACUUGCUGCAUCCGGUAUCUCUCCCGGUCGAGCAUUGCGCGAUCUCAAAUCACUGGAUCCCCAAGCCUCCCUAGCAACCCCAACGAAAGAUUUGGACAACUUUGACCCUGACAACCAGCGUUUCUUGCGGAGCAUCCAGCAACGCGGCCGGCAAGUCAUGAUCGCCGAAAGUCUUACCAGAGCCCACCGCGACUUCGAUACAUUCCUGGAAGAGAAGGUUGACCUGGACUGGGAGGAACAACGUCAGAAUAUUUUCCAACAUUUCGGACUAUCGCAGAAGGAUGCCACCGGUGCUGGAGGGCUGAAUGCUACCGCCAGAGGUGGCUUUGGUCGAUCUACCAGACAGUCUAAGCAAGCCGGUGCAGGCCCAGCCAACGGACCCUCAGGUGCAUCCCGUAGAAGUGUGUUUGGGCGUUCGGGACUUGAAAAGUCGGUCAUCGGAACCCCUGGAGUCGGUUUGGCCAGCCGGCAAAUUUUCGAAGAUCCCGCAGAGCGCAACGAAGGAGCUCCUUCUCACUCGCCCGAUUCUAGGUUCCAACGCGAGAAAAUGGGUCACUACGCCGAGAAGGUUCAGCAAUUGAAUCUCGCUAGGCUCCAACAAAAAUGUUAUCCCGUUCUCGAUGAAUUCUCGUCCGUCGAGGUCCUACACGGCGGCGAUGUAAGUCAACACCCCCACCGCAUCGACUCCAACUCUGAUCACCGACAGGUCCCCCGCCAACUGUUCGACGCGUAUCAAGCCUUGGUGGGAAUUGUGGGCGAGAGCCCUCGGAUUCUCAGCCCUUCAGACCCCGGGGCGAUCAAGGAGCGUCAAUACUCUGAGAUGUACCUCGAAGAAUCAUCGAAGUCCCGUAACGCAAUCGAUCUCAAGAAAAAGAUCCUCGAAGGCUCAAGGAAUUUCUUAGAGAGGACCUUCUUUGAGGAAGUGGAACUCGCCAUUACCAAAAACCCACGGGAGGCACAACUAGGAGGUAUCCCAACCGUGAUUAACAAGAUCCGUGCCUACAUCCGACUUCAAGCUGCGAGAAAGGACCUUGUACCGGAUGGCACCGAAUUACAAAUGGUGAACCAGGAUUACUGCUGGAUCCUCAUUUUCUAUCUCCUUCGAUGUGGCUUUGUGACCGAGGCUGCUGAGUACGUCAGUCGGGACAGCGGAUUCCGGUCACUCGAUCACAAGUUUGUGACCUACAUGACAACUUACGCACACAGUAGGAGGCUCCCACGGGACCUCCAGCAAAAGAUCAAUGGCGAGUUCCAGCAACGUUCUCGAAAUGCACCCGAAAACACUGUCGAUCCUUACAGGAUGGCCUGUUACAAAAUCAUUGGUCGCUGUGAUCUCUCACGCCGUCGCCUGGAUGGCGUGAAGCAGACAGUCGAAGAUUGGAUGUGGUUGCAGUUCAGCCUCGCCAGAGAGGAUGACCGCACGGAAGAGGUCGCAGGUGACGUGUUCGGCCUCGAAGAUAUCCAGACCGACAUCCAGGAGAUUGGCCAAAGAGUCUUUGUCAAGGGCCACGACGGGCCCGGUGGUUACGGGACUUAUUUCCUGCUGCAGAUCCUAGGAGGAAUGUUCGAACAGGCAGUGCAUUACCUUGGUACUUUUGCCCCCGUGACGGCUGUCCAUUUCGCCAUUGCGCUUUCUUACUACGGUCUUCUUCGCGUGUCGGACUUCUACACAUCCGGGGAAGAAAUCUUAUCGUUCACUGUCAAGCAAUACCCCCAGAUCAAUUUCGGCUAUCUCUUGACCCAGUACACUCGCGAGUUCCGCACUGGAUUCGUUGAAGCCGCCAUUGACUAUUUCACGCUGAUAUGUCUGAACGCCGAUCUCCCCGGCGCCCUGGGCAAGUCACAGGCAUCUGUUUGCCAUGAGGCUCUCCGAGAAUUCAUCUUGGAAACCAGAGACUUUGCCAAACUGCUCGGUGAUAUUCGUGCCGAUGGCACUCGCUUGAAGGGCGUUAUUGAACAGCGUUUGGAUCUGAUCAAGUUGGUGGACCAGGAAGAAUUCCUCCAGACCAUCACAAUUCAAGCAGCUGCCGUGGCGGAUGAUAAGGGACUGAUCGCUGACGCUGUCCUCCUCUACCAUCUGGCCGAGAACUACGAUCGGGUCAUUGAUAUCAUCAACCGUGCCUUGUCGGAUGCCGUUGCGGUCGAACUGGGUGGUGCUUUGCCAAAGCUGCAACCUUUGCGUCCGAGGGAUGACCAGGCAGGUGCCGUGGAAGGAAGCAGCCUGAGCCUGACCUCCGUGGAUGACCCAGGUGUCCUUGCCAAGAACAUGAUCAGCCUGUACGAUUCCAACGAGAUGUACUAUGGAAAGGUUCGGCCCGUCAACCGGGAAGCAUGCGGUCUGCUCCUGCGCAUGAUGGAAGCAAAGACCCAGGUCGAAGCUGGCAGAUGGGCACCAGCACUUGACGCCAUUAACGAUCUUAAUGUCCUUCCCUUACAGGCUCGGGGCUCCGUGUCGCACAUUCGAAGCAUCGCUCAGUCAUUCUCGUCCCUACCCGCCAUCAUCUCACGCAACAUCGGGCAUGUCAUCAUGUGGAGCAUCACAUGUAUUGGCUUUGAACGCCAGAAACGAACCUCCGGGAUGUACGACAGUGACGUUCGUCAGGGCAUGGCCGAUGCCUUCCUUGUCAUGGCCAAGGACCUGAUGGUUUUCUCAGGUAUGGUCAAGUACAAGCUGCCCCCGCGGGUCUACGAGACUCUCGCUCGUGCGGGCGCAGAGAUCGGAGCAUAUUAG